AUGGAAAUGCACCCCGACCUGACUUACCUCGAGAUCAUCCGCCGCUAUCUCCUCGAAGAAGAGCUCACCACCACCACGAUAACGUCGGGUGCCGAUGGCGGUAGCAGCAAUGAGCCGCCCAAUGCCGUGACCGAAGUUGCGCCGCCGCAACGCACAGCGCGCGAAAGGGGGAGGAACUACAGGGGGGUAAGGCAGCGGCCGUGGGGGAAGUACGCGGCGGAGAUCAGGGACCCGGGGAGGAAUGGGGCGAGGUUGUGGCUGGGGACCUUCGAGACCGCGGAGGCGGCGGCGAUGGCCUACGACCGCGCGGCGUUCCGCAUCCGUGGCUCUCGCGCGCUGCUAAACUUCCCCCUCCUCGUCAGCUCGCAGGACGCUGCAGCGAAGAGGAAGGCGACGGAGACGCCAUUGGUGGGGACUAACAAGAGAAGGAAGGGAGUGGCGGUGUCAGUUUCUUCUGCCGGUUCGGAACAAACGGUUCAGAAGAAUCGAUCCGGUUUAGAGACGAGCAGUGGGUUAUUGAUCCUCGGUUCCGAACUGGCGGCCACCGUCGGUCAUAUAUGA